AUUUUCGUUAUGUUAAUUCUAUAAUACAAAAUACUAUAACAUGCAGAUGGUAAUUUGUUUGGUGAUGCUAAGCAUUGUUACGAGUUUAGGAUAUGAGGAUUUAUCAACAAACAAGAGUGCCAGUCAAAGUUCAACGACUGUCUGUUCGCCUCCCUGUACUGCCACAACUGCAGUGGAUGGAAACGUACAAACAUGCAUGAAGACAGUGGAUAUCGGUGGAUCUUCUCAGUUGAAAUCAGUCUGGUGGUAUGUAGACCUGGGAGACAUAAAAACUAUAUACAGUAUCAGGAUACACUUCCAUGAUUAUGGGACGGACAAUAGAACAAUGAUUAUGAGACAACAAGGUCGUUUUGCCGGUUUCUCCCUUUAUGUGUCCAAUUCAACAAAUAAAGAGAACGGAAACCAGUGCUACCAAGAUGGACCAGAAUUACCUCCCUUGGAUUUCAAUACUGCAUGUGUAACUCAGGGGCGUUUUGUAAUAUUUUACAACGAAAGACUGAAAGGAAUUACGUACCCUACAGGAUACCAAACUUCGAACGUUUUCACCGAAUUGUGUGAAGUAACGGUUACAGGUUGUAAGCAUCCUAGUGUUUAUGGAUAUGACUGUGAUCUCUCAUGUCCAGAAAACUGUCAAGAACGUAGAUGUUACAUUGUGAAUGGUACCUGUCUAGGUUGUAGACCUGGCUGGAUUGGAGAGUUCUGUAAUAAUUCCUGCCCUGUAGGAUAUUACGGUCUAGAGUGCAGAACACCAUGUAGUGGGCAUUGUAGAGACAGCAAACCUUGCAAUCAUAUCUCCGGAGAUUGUGAUGAAGGUUGUGCUGACGGAUGGACAGGAACGGAAUGUAGCAAACAAUGCCCGGCAGAAACGUAUGGUCCUGAUUGUAUAUACAACUGUAGUGGGCACUGUGUAAAUGGCGUCCCUUGUAACAGAACAACCGGAAGUUGUGACCCGGGCUGUAAACCUGGAUAUACGGGGAAGCACUGUGAUAAAGUUUGUUCCGUUGGAUUCUAUGGAUUGAAUUGCACAAAACAGUGUAGUAAUCACUGCCGACACAGUAUAAACCAUUGUAAUCACCAAGAUGGACACUGUGAACUUGGAUGUCAAGAUGGAUUUCAAGGAAUCAUAUGCAAUGAAACAUGUGAUAGUGGUAGCUAUGGAAUCAAGUGUGCCCAGAAUUGUUCUGAUAAAUGCCAUGAUGUCUGUAACCGUGUUGAUGGAUCAUGCCUUUGUUCUGCGGGAUGGAUGGGGUCUCCGAACUGUGACAAAGAAUGCCAUUUUGGCAAUUAUGGACUGAACUGCAGGAACAAGUGUUCAGAGAACUGUAAAAAUAAAACUUGUAACCUACAGAAUGGAACUUGUACUUAUGGAUGUGUGGAAUCAUUUGAAGGAUCUAAAUGUGACCGAAGAAAAUCAUCUCAUCAGGACGACCAAGUAAAAUCUACAGCAGUAGGAGGGGCGGUUGGAACUGUAACUCUUCUAUUUAUCAUUGUUACUGCAGGAAUAGUAAUUAUUCGAUGGAGAAGAAGAAAGAAGGAUAGAUCUAAUAAAGAAACUAACAUAAAUGAAUUUUCUUUGGUCGAUGACCCUUUAACUAAAGAUGAAAAAAUACAGGAGAUGGAAAUGAAUGGAGUUGAAAAUCCAAUAAUGAAUUUAAAAUCAAAUCAACAAACAAGAAAACCAGAAAUAGAAAACUCUAUAGCUGUGACAGAUUUGCACAAAAGAAUAUUUGUUCUAUCUGAAAAUGAGAACAACAGGCUGAAAGAGGAAUACAGGGCAAUUCCAAAUGGUGAACUGCAUGCAUGUAAUGAAGGGAAAAAGCCAGAAAACGCUUCAAAAAAUCGCUACACGACGAUAUUCCCAU